AAAUGUUGAAUGUUUCAUCCUUCAUCAUGAAGGUUUUGUAUUUAAUUGUAUUAGCAGGCAGACUUGGUUUCGCUAUUGGAGUACCUGAUCCGUGCAUUGAUGGCAAUUAUAAUUACCUUCACACUCCCGGACUGAGGGGUGGCGCCUGCAAAAUACAAUCGGGGAAAGUGAUAUGUGAUCGCUAUAUCAAUGAUGGAUGGUACAAAGUACAACACGAAGAUGAUCCAGGGCCAAGGAAAAUGUUGGAGGGAAGAGUCAGUCCCAACUACUGCGGAACAAGUCGUCCUAUCUGGCUUAAUGGUUCCCAUCCUGAUAUAGUCGAUGGUAUUGUAAACAGAACAACCUGCAGUCAUGGAAUCCAUGGAUAUUGUGAUAAUGUGUAUGAUAUUCAGAUCAAAGCUUGUAACAGUGGGGGCUAUGUCUACUACCUUAGACAACCCCAAUCGUGUAAUGAGGGGUACUGUUUUGGUGUUAAUUCUCCUUGUGCAAAACCAAAUCCAUGUGAACCAGGGAAUAGUCAGAUAUUACAUGCUGGUGAAGAUCGAUCUACAUCCUGCCAAGAAAAGCAUAUGACCUUAUGCGAUGACUUCAUGAACAACGUAUGGUACAGAGUCCAGAGAAAUGGAAAAGAUAUAAAAAUGCCGACAACUUGUGUAGAUCAACAUAGCUGUGGAACUGUUCACCCGAUCUGGAUUAGUGGAUCUGAACCAGUUGUAGCAGAUAAAGUUGUUUCCAGGAAGGGAUGUGUCAAUAAUGGAAACACAUGUCGAUGUGACAAGUUUUACAAUAUUCAUAUCAGAAACUGCUCUACCUAUUUGGUCUACAACCUUACAUCUACAACAUCGUGUCCCGAGAGAUACUGCUUUGGGCAUGAAGGGGAAUGCAGCAAAAAGGAUGGAAAGAAUAAUCUUGACUACUUGAACUAUGUAUAUGCUUCUGUGGCAGCCGUAAUUAUGUUGUUAGUAUUGGUCAGCAUAGGAGGAUAUGGUUGGUACAGAAAGACGUUAAGGCUGAGGAAAAUAAAGUCAGAGGGUGCAAUGUCCGAGAAACCGGGUAUCGAACAUUUGGAAAGGAAAGAAGCAUUUCAGAAAACAUAGAAAAGGAAAUCAAAUCUAUAAUCUGUUUUUACUGUGAUUUGUGUGGAUAAAACUUCAGAACUGGCUUAUUGUAGACUUAUAUUAACAUUCCUCUAUGUCUUUUUGUUAUAUUCCGCACAUGUUGAUUAUCUUUGAAGUUUUUAUAUAAUCAUCGGACUGUCUCUAUAUGUACAUUAUAUACUGAUAUCGUUUAGUAUCCUGUCUUGAUUGCAUUACCCAUUUUCUGUGAUUGUUUGUAAACGAUUGGUAUCGUAUAAUUAUAUUUCGAAAAAUAUUAAUAAAAAGAG